AUUAAAAUGGUAAGAAUAACCACAAUAUGUAGUCUUCACGUGACCCUUAUCACCAAAACCCAAUGAUCUUUUUUGAUGGCUAGAAAAAGAAUGUUAUCAAAGUUUUUGGCAGUAACUUUAUUAUUACUCUUUAGACAACUGCAAAAAUAAUCAUCAAUUUAGUAUAGGCUGGGAUGUACCAUCUAUAGGAACAGUAUAAAGAGUAUCCAAUAAAGUAGGAAAUGAAACUGGAUUUUUAAUCCCUGACUACACUGUGAUCACUUAUAAGAAUAUCAAUAAAGAUUCUAAGACUUAGUUACCUUAAUCAAAUUUAUAAUCGCCUAAUAAAUUUGCCACUUUGGCUUAAAAGAACCUAGUCUAAGAUAACUAUAAAAAUGAAAUUAUAGUCUAAAGAAGCAUCAAUAAUAGUAUUGAAAAGUUUAAGUCUGAAGACAAUCUUAAAGAAUAAACUAAUAAAUAAAUCAGAGAUAUUUUAGCUAAAUAAAGAAGAGAAAACUAGCAAAAUUUUAAAUAUAAAUCUUGA